GUUAGCGUCGGCCACGCUCAGCGGAGACGGCAGCAAGAUGGCGAUUCCAGGCAGGCAGUAUGGGCUUAUUUUGCCAAAGAAAACACAGCUGUUGCACCCUGUUUUGCAAAAACCAUCAGUAUUUGGGAAUGAUUCUGAUGAUGAUGACGAGACUUCCGUGAGUGAAAGCCUUCAGCGGGAAGCAGCUAAGAAACAGGCCAUGAAACAGACAAAACUGGAAAUCCAGAAGGCCCUUGCAGAAGAUUCCACUGUAUAUGAAUAUGACAGUAUUUAUGAUGAAAUGCAGAAAAAAAAGGAGGAAAAUAAUCCCAAAUUGCUUUUGGGAAAAGAUCGAAAGCCCAAGUAUAUUCACAAUUUACUUAAAGCAGUUGAGAUCAGAAAAAAGGAACAGGAAAAAAGAAUGGAAAAGAAAAUACAGAGAGAACGAGAAACAGAAAAGGGAAAAUUUGAUGAUAAAGAGGCAUUUGUGACAUCUGCUUAUAAGAAAAAACUGCAGGAGAGAGCUGAAGAGGAAGAAAGAGAAAAGAGGGCUGCUGCACUAGAAGCACGUUUGGAUGUAACCAAACAGAAAGAUCUCAGUGGAUUUUAUAGGCACCUGUUAAAUCAGACAGUUGGUGAAGAGGAAGUACCUAAAUGCAGCUUUCGUGAAGCCAGGACUGGGAUAAAGGAGGAGAAACCAAGGGGUUAUUCUGACGAAGUAAGUUCAGAAAACAGAAUACCACGUGAGAAAUGCAGUCUCCAGACCAGUAUGAAAGUAGAGGAAAAUCCAGAUGCAGACAGUGACUUUGAUGUUAAGAGCAGCGAUAAUGAUGAAAUGGAAGAAAAUAAAGUGCACUGCAGAAGGGAAAAAGUCACAGAGACCUUUGACAAUGACUCCAAGCAUCACAGGAAUCAGACUCACUCACGAUCAUCUAGUGAAGAAAGAGGGCAUGGUACCAUAUGCCACAUAAAAUCCUCCAAGUCAAGAGGACAUGAGAAAAGGGAAGAGGAGCACCGAAAGAGGUGGUCCAGAGACCAGGAGGAGGACUAUUGCCCUGACCAUGACCUUCGAAAAGAAAAGAAGGAUUCUUACAGGCACAGAGAGGUCAGUCAUAGAGAUUCCCAGUGGAAGAAACAUGAACAAGAAGAUAAACUGAGGGGAAGAGAUCAAAGAGAAAAAAAUGACAGAGAAUGGAAAAAGAAAUAUUCCCCAAGAGAGCAAGAAAGAGAAAGGCAACGAAAUGAUCAUGACCGACACAGUGAGAAAGGAGGAGAGAAAGUGGAGAAAAGCAAAGAAAAGGAAGAACAUGUGAAAGGGAGGAAGGAAAGAUAUGAA